CAGAAGAGAGAAAGAACCAAAAGAAGCAGAUUCUUUCCAUCAUUCUAUCAGACGAUAACAAGAGAUACCCAGUUUGCACAGAGAUCGAGAUGCAGAGAGACUUGCUUGGGUCGUGGAAAAAGGAGCCGGAAGUCGUGUUUGAGAAUCUCGAAUGGACGCGGGUGAAGAUCGACCUAAAGGAACCUGACCGCGAAACGGCCAUCACUCUCAUCGAAGAUGUGCUUCACAAAACCCAGGAAGAGGAUGAUAAGCCGCAUGUACUCUUAUUAAUCGCCUACGCCGUCCGACAACAACUCUUUAAAUCUAAGGAGAUAGACGUGAAGAUGAUACAAAAACUUGCAGCGUGGCACCCACGGUGCGUCGAGAUUGACGACGACUACACCGAUUAUGGCUGGGUGACGGCGUAUGAAGAUUUCAAACUGGACGCCAAGGAGGAUGCUGAUGAUGAUGAUGAUGAUGCGGAUGAGGGUUUCGAUGAGUAUGUGGACGACGAUGAGGAGGAGGUAGCGGAUGACGGAAAUUUCAAUGAUGAUUUUAAGGAGAGAGAAGCGGCCAUGAAAAAGUUUAAAGGAGCAGGCAUGAUUGAAUUGAAGCGACGGUGCGAUAUAAUGGGAUGCAGCCUGAAACAAGGCCAAGAGGACGAGAUUCUUGAUGAAAUUAUUUCAUUCUUUUGCCAUCAGAAUUAUAUAAUUUAUAACGACUAUAGUAUGGAAUUGUUCGUUGAACGUUUCAUGUCGCGCGUCAAAGGUUAUAUUUCUAGUACUUGCACCCUCAAUGACCCAAAUACGGUGCGGGAAGCCCUUCAAACUGUGGAGAAGAUGAUUGAGUCUGAUGCUGAUGAUCCUGUUGUUCAUCAACAGGAUACUGUACCAACUAAUGAAGAAGGGAAUGAAUGCGAGAUUGCGACCCCCUUCAACCUGCCAGAACAAGAAGAAAUCUGCCUCACACCGCCCUAAGUUGCUUGAGUCACCUCUCAUCUCUUGUACUGUGAAAAUACCAAAACUGAAGACUGCUGUUUGCGACUCCUAU